AGAACAGACCUCUUGUUUAAAUGUGUGCGCAACAUGGUGUAUAACGUGAAUCUUCCCUUAAGGUUAUGAUCAUAAAAGCAUAUAAUUAUAAUUUUAAUAUAUAAUUUUCCCAUCCAUCGGUGUUUGUGAAGACACGAAUGAAUUACUACGAAGUACUCGGCUGCAGCCAGGACUCGACUGACGAAGAGAUCAAGCGUGCUUAUCGGCGUCGCUUGCUACAGUUUCAUCCUGAUAAGAGCGGUGCUACGGACAACCACGAGUUUUACAACGUUACCGAAGCCUGGCGGAUAUUGGGACAUCCACAGUCAAGAAGGCGAUACGAUGCAAUCUGUAAACAAGAAGAAUUGGAAGACAGAGAGAAAUUAGAAGACGGUCCCGUGUAUGCGCGUCUCUCGCCGAGCGAUUUUGAGGAAUCCGAGGACACGUUGUUUUAUCGCUGCAGAUGUGGCGACCGUUACCUCAUCACGCGAGAUGAUCUUCGGGAGAAGAACGUUUCGCUCCACGUAAUGUGCGACGGUUGUACGCUUAUCAUCGUUGUUGAAACAUAGCGCAAGUCGAUGUAAAAUUUAUAGAAAUUUAUAGAAAUUUAUAGAAAAAUAUGAUAUUAUUGUAACACAGCUAUAGACAUUUUUUUGAAAAUUCGUAUGUUUGAUAAAACUGAACAAGAGUUAAAUUUGUCGAACAAGAGUUGACAAGAGUUAAAUCGAACAAGAGUCGACAAGAGUUAAAUUGCGAAUGUCUAACAAGUAAGAUGAUGAAUUAAGGUGUUUUUCACGUUUGUCUUUGUAUAAGAUAUAUGUAUAAUAUAACGUUCACAGUUAUAUAGAAAGAAGUCAAAAUCGAACAUUUAUUUUGUACAAAAUAUGUUUCUUAGCACAAGAACAUGUGUACAGUCGUAAUAAAUUUAAAAAAAAAAACAAUCUAAAAUAUGUAG